AUGGCUGCUUCCAACGGCAGCAGCAGCAGCAGCAAACAGAAGAACAAUCCAAAUUGGCGAGAUGCAGCCGCAGGAGCCGGUGCCGGGGCCUUUUCCAAGACCCUCACAGCUCCCAUUGAACGCAUUAAACUCUUGAUCCAGCUCCAACACUCCGUCGAAGGGACUACUCGUGUUCCCCAAGGUGCCUGGCAAGUCGCCCGCACCAUUUACAUAAAUGAAGGACUUUUGAGUUUUUGGAGAGGCAACUUGCCCUCCGUCAUGCGAGUCUCGGGCACGGCCGCCAUCAACUUCACCAUGAUGAAUUACUACAAGGCAGCGGCACAAUUAGCGAUCGGUUGCAGAUUUUGCUACACGUUCGUAUGGCUGUUUACAACUAUAUGA